AUGAGAAAGCAACCUGCAAAUCGUACGUAUCUCUGUGACCUCAUGAUCUACUCCUGCCCCUUUCCACUUACUUUAUGCUCAGUCAGUCGGUCUGCCGUAGAAACACCCGCUGCUCGCUAUGGUGGCCUAGAUCAGUCGCCUAAUGCCUGCUCUGCUGAUCAAAUCUCGCCCAGAUCCCUCGACUCAACCGCCUUUGGUUGA